AUGUUGAAAAAAAAAAAAGAAUACUCUGGAAUUGAAAAAGAGGAAAAAAAUACAAAAAAAAAAAACAAUGCUUCAGAAUGUUUAAGCAUGCAAAAUGAUGAUAGCACAUAUAUAGAUAGCAAUGAAGAAGAUAAAAGUUGGGAAUACAUAAAUGAGAACACAAAUGAAAAUAUAAAAAAUAACGACGAUAUUAACAAAAAAUCUGGCGAAAAAGAAUACAAUGCAUCCGAGACAAAAAAAACCAAUAAUAACGAGAAAAACAAAAAUAAUAGUAACAAUAAAACUAGCAAAAUAAAUGAUGAAAAAAUAAAUAUAAAAGAAGCUAUUAUAAAAAAUGUGCAUGUGCCAGAUAAUUACAUAAUUAAGCACUUAAUAGGAAGAGGGUCGUAUGGGUAUGUAUAUUUAGCUUAUGAUAAAAAUACAGAAAAAAAUGUUGCAAUAAAAAAGGUAAAUCGAAUGUUUGAAGAUUUAAUUGAUUGUAAAAGAAUAUUAAGAGAAAUAACAAUUUUGAAUAGACUAAAAAGUGAUUAUAUUAUAAGAUUAUAUGAUUUAAUAAUACCUGAUGAUUUAUUAAAAUUUGACGAAUUGUAUAUAGUAUUAGAAAUAGCCGAUUCGGACUUAAAAAAAUUAUUUAAAACCCCAAUAUUUUUGACAGAAGAACAUAUAAAAACUAUAUUAUAUAAUUUAUUAUUAGGUGAAAAUUUUAUUCACGAAUCAGGUAUUAUCCAUAGAGAUUUAAAACCAGCUAACUGUUUAUUAAAUCAAGAUUGCUCUGUUAAAGUAUGUGAUUUUGGUUUAGCUAGAACGAUAAAUAGUGAAAAAGAUACUAAUAUAGUAAAUGAUUUAGAAGAAAAUGAAGAACCAGGGCCACAUAAUAAAAAUUUAAAAAAACAAUUAACUAGCCAUGUAGUUACUAGAUGGUAUAGAGCCCCUGAAUUAAUCCUGUUACAAGAAAAUUAUACUAAAUCUAUAGAUAUAUGGUCUACUGGUUGUAUUUUUGCAGAACUAUUAAAUAUGUUACAAAGCCAUAUUAAUGAUCCCACUAAUAGAUUUCCUUUAUUUCCAGGAUCUUCUUGUUUUCCACUAUCUCCAGACCGUAAUUCAAAAAAAGUACAUGAGAAAAGUAAUAGAGACCAAUUAAAUAUUAUUUUUAAUAUCAUAGGUACACCUACAGAAGAUGAUCUUAAAAAUAUUAACAAACCCGAAGUUAUAAAAUAUAUUAAAUUAUUCCCGCACAGAAAACCUAUAAAUCUAAAGCAAAAAUACCCAUCUAUUUCAGAUGAUGGAAUAAAUUUAUUAGAAUCAAUGUUAAAAUUUAAUCCAAAUAAACGAAUCACAAUUGACCAGGCUUUAGAUCAUCCUUAUCUAAAAGAUGUUAGAAAAAAAAAAUUAGAAAAUUUCUCAACAAAAAAAAUUAUUCUUCCUUUUGAUGAUUGGAUGGUUUUAUCUGAAACACAAUUGAGAUAUAUAUUUUUAAAAGAAGUGCAAUCCUUUCAUCCUGAAUUAGUUAUACCUUCUGUAUUUACUAUACACGAAAACAAUUUCUAUAACAAUGAGAAACCUAGCAGUUAA